AUUUAAAAAUUAUAGAUGUGCUCCCUGGCUGCUCGAGGAUCGCCCGCCAUCAUGAAUGAUACAGUAACUAUCCGGACCAGGAAGUUCAUGACUAACCGACUACUUCAGAGGAAACAAAUGGUCAUUGAUGUCCUUCACCCUGGGAAGGCAACAGUACGAAAGACAGAAAUUAGAGAAAAACUAGCCAAAAUGUACAAGACCACACCUGAUGUCAUCUUCAUAUUUGGAUUCAGAACUCACUUUGGUGGUGGGAAGACAACGGGCUUUGGCAUGAUUUACGAUUCUUUGGAUUAUGCAAAGGAAAAUGAACCCAAACAUAGACUUGCAAGGCAUGGCCUUUACGAGAAGAAAAAGAUAUCAAAAAAGCAGUGAAAGGAACGCAAGAACAGAAUGAAGAAAGUCAGGGGGACUGCAAAGGCUAAUGUUGGUGCUGGCAAAAAGGCGAAGGACUAAAGACUCUACAGUGAUGUUAUCUGCAGCCAUUGUAUAGAUGUUUUCACAAGGGGAUUAAUAAAGACUUUUCAUGUGAAAAAAAAAAUUAUAGAUGUGGUUCAUACCCAGCCCUGGCCAAAAAAAUAAAUAAAUAAAUAAAAAUAAAAAUUAUAGAUGUGUCGGGCGGUGCCUGUGGCUUAGCAAGUAGGGCGCCAGCCCCAUAUGCCGAGGGUGGCGGGUUCAAACCCAGCCCCAGCCAAACUGCAACAAAA